GCACUUCCAAAGCGUACGACCUCCGGGCAGUGUGAUGGAAACUAUGUUGUUCCACUCGAGCACGGCAAGGCUUCAUGGCCAUCAGUGCCCUGAUCUGCGAUGUCAAAACAUAUGUGAGACUGCAGCACACACACACACAAAACUAAUAACCGGUCCGUUGACUCAUCCGAUGAGGUGCUCGUCGGGGAAGAUUAGUGAUGUGAGUGGCGCAGCUGCAGCGGGGACAAAUGGCGAGGUACACGGUUGGCUUGUUCGGAGGGGGGACUUGUGGGGAUGCCCUGGUCGCCCAUGCCUUUCUCAGCAGGGAUCCAGGGUUCUUCUGGGAAGGAGAGCGGAAAAGAGGAAAGCGAGGGGGCAACAGACAGCAGGUGUGAAAGUUGUGGCGAUGGCGAAUGAGCAUCAAGAUCUGUACGAGACCUUAGGGAUUAGCGCGACUGCAAGCGACCGUGACAUUAAGCAGGCGUAUCGACGACUGGCGUUGAGGUUCCAUCCUGAUGUCAAUAAGGAACCGGACGCACAGGAAAAAUUUCUGCGGAUAAAGAGUGCGUACCAAACACUUUCGGACCCAUCGAGCCGAAUCCGCUACGAUGCCGUGCGUAGGAGGGGGGAUGAGAGUUGGAGUCCUUUUGGUGGCUGGGGCAGUUCAGGUGCAAAGUCAAAAGAAGACGAAGAGUUUUACGGUUUGGGAGAAUUCUUUCGGGACCUUGAAAAUGAUCUGAACAAGAGGCAGCAGGAAAUGGCAGAGGGGAAAGGAAAGAGUCUGUGGGAAGAACUAGCGGAACUGGGCGAGGAGUUUGUGGAAUUCUUGGAGAAGGAGCUGACUAUCCCAUCUCCUGGGCAGGCACAAAACUCUUGGGGAGGAGCAUCACCAAACGGCAGUGAAAGCGAGCAGCGAGAGCGUAGUAAGACGUCAGCAGAAAGAGUAGUGGCCAUUGAUGGAGAUAUGGUCAGCGUGAACUACCGAUGCACGACAGAAGAUGGCAAGCUACUUUACGCCUCUGAAGAACCCAUUUCUUUUGAAGUCGGAGCUGGAGACGUGAUGGGCAACCCGCUAUUCCAAGGCUUCGAUCAAGCAUCAAGAGGUCUGGCCGUCGGAGAGUGUAGCAGCUUCACGGUGAGCAAUGAGCUUCAAUCUAGGUACCUUGCUUUUGUCGUUCUUUUUUAGCUUGACGUGCGAGACCACCUUACCUCCUCCUGUCGAGCCUGAUGCUGUAGCGGCGGUUACUGUCAGUCCAUCGGCGGGCGGGAAAUCCGGCCCAGUCGUAGGGCGGAGGCGCUCCCAGGUAGUGGUCAUUUAAUCAUUUAAUAAAGGCAGACGAUCGUC